UACAUGUAUUGAUAUGUAUGUGUAACUCAGGUGUUUAUGAUCUUCGAGAACAUAUCCCUGCUUAUUCACAAAACAUAUUAUUAUGAAUUCAAUGAGAUGGAUUUGAUGCGCCCGUGAAAUUUGUAGAACUAAUUCAUGAUUUAGUUUGACACAUAUGCAGUAUAUGUAACUGUAAUCUACCUUAUGUCUUGAUUGAUGGCAGUUUUAGCAAUUGUUUUGGUGGGUUUGCUCUACGGUUUCUUUAUAGCCAUAAUAUGUGGACAAAGGAUCAGCGAACGCCAUUACCAUGUUCUUGCUAAACAAGAACUAACAAAGGAAUAUGUGGUAGAAGAUCGAGAAGGUAAUAAGAAUGUUCCCGAACAAGAACUAACAAAUGUUUGUAUAACUUCUAAAUGGUUUUUUCUUAAAGAGAUCAACUCUUCUUGUUCAUUCUAAAUCUUCUCCAUUAGGUACUAUUUUAGAUUUUUUUUUCUUUAUUUUUUUAAUAUUAUUAUUUAUUUUUCCAAUCUGGGUCGACAUAGUAAGAUGGUUAGUGUUAAAAAGUCAAGGUGAUGUUGAAAACAAUGGUCAGUAUAAGGAAUAUACGUUAAAAAUAAAGUCAUGCUGCACCUUUGCAUUUUAGUAUAAGAUAUUCUAUAAACUAUGAAAUUUGAGAAGAAUUCAAAACCAGCCAGCAAAAUUUGUGCUGGUUUAAUUUGGUGUUAAUGUUAAAGAUUCAAAAAUGUUAAAAUCUUGAUUUACAUGGAGUUCAGAUUCUGAAUUCUGUUAUGUCCAGAAUCUUAACCAUAACAUAUUUGUAAAAGUAACUUAAAAGUAUUACUGUUUUAGCCCUUUUCUCAUUGAAUGGUGUCAAUGGCAGUGAGAAAACAAAAGUGUUGUUGACAAGUGCUGCCCAUGUUCAUUUGAAGUACUCAGAAAUUUCUAAGCACACCCGAAACCUGUCACCGGCAAGUAGAGCUAUAUUGCUAUCAGGACCAGCCGGUAUGCUAUUUCUGAUAACUGAUUUUGGUAGUUUUGUUUUCAAGUAAUAAUGUUUUCAUGUUUUGUUUCUUGGACCAGAAAUAAGUUCCAACGAAUUUGAUCAUGGAUCGUUGGUAAUAUUUCGUUUGGCACCACAGGUAUUUAUCUUGAUUUUCUUCUUGUUUCUCAUGAGUUUAUGGUAAUACAAAUCUUGAUUUCUUAUCUUAGAGAUUUUAUUGUUGCAAGACUAUCAUCGUUUUCAUUCCCAUGUUUCUGGAACUAUUGAGAAAUUUAUCGACAUACCUGGUGCUUUAUACACAGUAAGUUGAAGAAAACGUAGAAGUCCUUAUUGAUUUGUAUAUUUUUAACUUCAUUCCUGUUGUUUUCCUGAUAUUUUACACAUUCAUUUCCCUCUUAUUUUUUGUAGGUUAACCCCAUUGCAGUACAGAAAUGUCCAGAAGUAGCUUCUAUAUAGGUAGAGAUAUAUUUAUGAUCAUAUCUAUACAAAUCAUUUCUAUAAAAGCAAAGCAAUCAUUUUCUAUACAGAAAAAAAACCAACACAUUUUGUGUACUCAUAUAUAUACUCAUAUGUAAUGGAGAUGUAAAUUAAUGAAAUUAAAAUUUAGCUCAUUUUGUGUACCAAAAGUGUACCAAUGUAGAGAAAUGACAAUUUUAUUUAUUAUUCAUAUUUUUUAUCACAUGCCAUAAUAUGUUUUUUUUUUAUGUUAUUAGGAAAAUGCAUUGAAAUCAUGUGGCACUAACUGUAUUAAGAGUCCUAAGUACUCUUUUAUGUUAUCUAAUUCAAUUGAAAUAUUGUAAUACUCUUUAUUUUAUUUUUGUAGGUAUACUACAACUUUGGUUUUGAUUGAUCUUUGGUGUUUGAAGAACGCAAAGCAACUUGGUUGGAUUAGUUAGAAACUUCAGAAUGGAUAGAGAUUGGAUGAGUGCAGAUAGGUUGUCAAUGAAAUAUAGGGAAGGUGUUGAUCUGUUUUUGGAGUUUGCUGAGAAGAAGGCUUCUAAUCCUAAUUUUGUUCAUUGUCCGUGCAUGAAAUGUGGCAACAUGGAGCGUAUGAAAAUUUUUAAGAUUAAAGAACAUUUGUUUAGGAACGGUAUAGACAAAAGCUAUAAAAUUUGGUAUCACCAUGGGGAAAAAAUUAGAACUUCAGAUGAGGGACCUUCCAAGUCUAAGAAGGAGAAGUGCGUUAAUUUGGAUUACGGAGAUGAUCACAUUGCAAAAAUGAUUGAUGAUGCACAAUUUGAAUCCAAUACAGCUGAUCCAGUGAAAUUUAAAUCCCUUUUAGAAGAUGCUGAAAAACCUAUUUACCCUAAUUGUAAUAGGUUUACUAAGUUAUCGUCACUUAUUAGAUUGUACAAUCUGAAAGCCAAAUAUGGGUGGAGCGAUAAGAGUUUUACGGAGUUACUAGCCUUUUUAGGAGAUUUGUUACCUGAAGGUAAUGAAAUGCCUUUGUCUUUCUAUGAGGCAAAGAAGACAUUGUGUUCAUUAGGCAUGCAAUAUGAAAAGAUACAUGCAUGUCCUAACGAUUGCAUCCUCUAUCGAAAUAGAUUUGAAAAUGAAACGUUGUGUCCGACGUGCGGUGAGUCUAGGUGGCAAAAGAAGAAGAAUUCUGAUGAGGUAAAGGUUGGUAUACCUGCAAAGGUAUUAUGGUACUUACCACCCAUACCUCGUUUGGUUCGGUUCUUUCAAAAUGUCGAUAUUUCUAAAAACUUAACCUGGCAUGCCAGUGAUAGGGUGAAAGAUGGUAUGAUGAGACAUCCAGCCGAUUCACCUGCUUGGAAAGCAAUUGAUGCUAGAUGGCCUGACUUUGGCAAUGAACCUAGGAAUAUUCGUCUUGGUCUUUACGCGUACGGUAUUAAUCCACAUACUAAUCUUAGCGGUAAGUACGAUUCUUGGCUUGAUUUGCUUGUAAUGUAUAAUUUGCCGCCCGGUUGGUAA